CAACACUUACCACAGGUCAGCACAGGCUAAUCUGGGACAACACUUACCACAGGUCUGCACAGGCUAAUCUGGGACAACACUUACCACAGGUCUGCACAGGCUAAUCUGGGACAACACUUACCACAGGUCUGCACAGGCUAAUCUGGGACAACACUUACCACAGUGUGUGAAAGCCAUUCUAAUCUUGGACAGCCUAAGGAGUCGUGCUGAUAUAAACGCGGCCAAUGAUAUGGGAGAGACUCCACUGCACUUGGCUGCUAAGUGGGGAUAUGAGUAACGAGUACAAUGGAUUCCUGUAUGAUGAAAUGCAGGGCGUUGUCCUUGUAAGCUCUACCCUCCUGGCUAUGGACAAGAAACAGAAACAGAAACCCUUCACUAGACGACCCUGCAUUGCUACGUUCAAGAUCAGCGGUUUUGACUGCGCACUGGUAAGUGUACAUCUGAAGGCAACCGGUCUGGAGAAUGAGGACAUCGGUCGACUGCAGGCAGAGAUUGACAAUAUCCCCAACCUUAUAGAGACCAUUAGGACCGCUCUGCCAGGGGAAAAUUAUAUUAGACUGCUUGGUGACUUUAACCUGUCUGCAGAUACCAAAGGUCAAUGUGACGUCGUGAGAGAGGGCCUGUCCAGUCCCUGGAUCCCUAAGGGCUGGACGUGGGGCGGGGUCGUGAAUGACCACUGCCCAGUGUGGGCCCAGUUCUACACGGGCCGUGACCUUGACACUGGAGACCUGAAGAUCGGACCAGAGGCUAUUAAAUUUGCACUGACUGACUGAUGUUUUGUAAAAGAUUAGAAUAUUACACAUGUUACUCUGGUUAUGUGACAGACAUCACUGAUAUCGAAUUGGUGAUGCAAUUCUUCAAACAGUAAACAGUGAAAAUAUUCCAUACUUUUCAUUAUGUUAUUGCUGUGAAAAUCGCCAUUUAAACUACUUUAAAAUGGAAGCCAAUAAUAAACUCAUAAGACAAAAUUAACCAGCAAUUGAACAUUUUUGUGUUUUAAUAUCAGAAAUAUUCUCUUGGUCAAAUGUUAACAAUUUAUUUAGCAAAUUUGUUCAACAUGUUAUGGCACAUGAAGUUUGAAGAUGUUGAUGUUAUUUUAUGUUUUGAUGUACUGCUGAUUUCACAUUAGGUGUACCAUUCUUGGGAAUGUGGAAAAUAGUGAAUGCCACAUUUGUUUUUAAGUAGAUUUUGUGUUCCUUGUUAUAGUAAAACGCUCUAUUCACAACAUAUGAACCAAUAAACCAUCUUUUAUUACUUACACGUGAAUGUCUACCGGUAAUUAUAAUUCUUAAAAGUUUUGCUUUAAUGUCAGAAAUAUUUUGUAUAAUUCUUAUUUCAAUAUAGCUUACAAUACUAAUUAGAUUGUGUUAAUAUAAUUGAAUACACAAAACAAAUUAUAUUUAUAAUAUUAUCAACAUUUGAUAACGUUUUGUUGUUUUAACUUUGAUAUAGCAUUUCUGCUGAAUUUCACCAUUCUUGGGAAUGUGGAAAAUAGUGAAUGCCACUUUUGUUUUUUAGUAGUUUGUGUGUACCUUGUUAUAGUAAAACGCUCUAUGAACAAGGUUUUGUUGUUUAAAAUUUGAUAUAGCAUUUCUGCUGAAUUUCACCAGUUUGUAUUAUUACUGGCUCCAUUUUAAUAAUUUAAUAAUCAAAAUAUUUUAUGAUAGCAUUUUUCGAUUGUGAAUUUUUAAUUUUAUGCAGUGCAGUGUAGAGCGGAAAAUGCAAUUUUUUUAAUGAAGCAUCCGUUUAAUGCAUAAUUGUCAUCAUUUAUUUGAUCCUGUGUAUUUAAUAUUUAUAAAUGAUAUUAUGUCUUAUUGAAAUCUGUAAUAAUAUAUAUAUAGUUCCCUGUAUGAAUUUUUUAUAGAUUAAAAUGAAAUGUUUUGUUACAUUUGGGAAUAUUUCAUAGACCACCAUGUUUUUGUCUGUUUAAAUUAAUUGUAUACAUUUUGAACAAUAUUAACAUUAGUAUUAAAUGAGCGUCUAGCAAUAGCCAAAAGUAUGUAUCGGGAUAAACUUGUAUUUGGGUUCAUUUCCAUUCAAGUAGAACAAGUAGAAUGCAUUUUUUAAGGUGUUUAUUAUUAGUAUAUACCGUAGGACUUUAAGAUAAUAUGAUUUUCAAUAAUGUAGUUGUAUUUUGCUUUUGUUUGUUAUUGCUAAAUAAAAAUUAGAGUUUGAUAUAGAUAAUUCUGGGACAAUGCUACAUAUAUAUGCCUAACAGAAUGUGUCCUGCAUUUAGAAAGUGACUUCAUAUAAACAUACUUGAGCUGUGAUUUGGAAAAAUAUGGAUUCAAUACAUGUGCGUAUAGGAUUGUCCCAGAUGAGUCUUAUGAAGUCUACAAGCGCUAAUAAGGGACGACAGUUUCUCUUGCUUUUAUUAAAUUUCAAUCUUCAGAAGUAAAUUAGGGGCCAUUAGUUAUAGGUCAAUAUUUAUGCAUCUAAAACUUGAGAAUAAGCAGCAGCAGUUUAUGUUCUUUGAUCAAUUACUUAUGAUUGGAUUGAGAUAAUGUGCUGAAGAUUUGUGGAAGUGUAUACCCAGCUUACAUAACAUUUCAAGCCAGUUGGUUUAAAGGCUAUGUCACUAUUAUUAAAAUUAGACAAACUUCAUUCAGUUACACCGCUUUUAUAUUAGGGUAUUGUUCCUAAAUUGUAUGAAUUGUUAGCUCACCGCUUUUAUAUUAGGGUAUUGUUCCUAAAUUGUAUGAAUUGUUAGCUCACCGCUUUUAUAUUAGGGUAUUGUUCCUAAAUUGUAUGAAUUGUUAGCUCACCGCUUUAAUAUUAGGGUAUUGUUCCUAAAUUGUAUGAAUUGUUAGCUCACCGCUUUAAUAUUAGGGUAUUGUUCCUAAAUUGUAUGAAUUGUUAGCUCACCGCUUUUAUAUUAGGGUAUUGUUCCUAAAUUGUAUGAAUUGUUAGCUCACCGCUUUUAUAUUAGGGUAUUGUUCCUAAAUUGUAUGAAUUGUUAGCUCACCGCUUUAAAGGGAUCUUUUCACGCUUUGGUAAAUUGACAAAAUUGAAAAAAAAUGUUUAAGAUUCGCAAAUUUUCGUUUUGGUUAUGAAAUUUGUGAGGAAACAGUAAUACUGAACAUUUACCAUGCUCUAAUAUAGCCAUUAUAUGCAUCUUUUGACGAUUUUAAAACCUAAAAAUUAUAAAGCGUUGCAACGCGAAACGAUUGAAUAAUUUGGAGUGUUCUGUUUUUUUCGUUAAAUUUUGUGAAACUACGAAGAUUGCUUAUAUAAGGUAUAAAAUACGCUUAGUAUGUGUAGUCGGCGGAAUAGCUCAGUAGGCUAAAGCGUUUUUACUUCAGGACUAUGGCAGGACUCCAGGGGUCACUGGUUCGAAACCUGCUCCGGGCAAUGUUCUUUUCCUUUUUUAUAUUUUAUUCUUGAUAUUUUACUGGAGCUUUUACGAUCCAAUGUUUACAUUUAUCAAUAUAAAGCAUUUAAUGAAUAAGUUAAAAAAUGCCAAAAUCUGUGAAAAGGCCCCUUUAAUAUUAGGGUAUUGUUCCUAAAUUGUAUGAAUUGUUAGCUCACCGCUUUUAUAUUAGGGUAUUGUUCCUAAAUUGUAUGAAUUGUUAGCUCACCGCUUUUAUAUAAGGGUAUUGUUCCUAAAUUGUAUGAAUUGUUAGCUCACCGCUUUUAUAUGAGGGUAUUGUUCCUAAAUUGUAUGAAUUGUUAGCUCACCGCUUUUAUAUUAGGGUAUUGUUCCUAAAUUGUAGAAUUGUUAGCUCUACGCUUUUAUAUGAGGGUAUUGUUCCUAAAUUGUAUGAAUUGUUAGCUCACCGCUUUUAUAUGAGGGUAUUGUUCCUAAAUUGUAUGAAUUGUUAGCUCACCGCUUUUAUAUGAGGGUAUUGUUCCUAAAUUGUAUGAAUUGUUAGCUCACCGCUUUUAUAUAAGGGUAUUGUUCCUAAAUUGUAUGAAUUGUUAGCUCACCGCUUUUAUAUGAGGGUAUUGUUCCUAAAUUGUAUGAAUUGUUAGCUCACCGCUUUUAUAUUAGGGUAUUGUUCCUAAAUUGUAGAAUUGUUAGCUCUACGCUUUUAUAUUAGGGUAUUGUUCCUAAAUUGUAUGAAUUGUUAGCUUACGUGUAGACGUAGCUUGGGAAAACUAGAUAAAAGUCAAAGUCACUGUAAGUUAAUUAAAAAAAUCCGCUUACAUAACUUAAAUUGUAUGAAGAAUUUCCGCUGUUUUUUGUAGGUGUAAGUAGAUUCCACGCAGUCUUAGGUGAUGUAAGCGUGUAUUUCAAUCCCUCUGACACCUUACAUGUAAAACAGAACUAGUUUGCAUUAUAUUUAAUUGAGUUUUAUAAUGUCAGCAUAUUGAUCCUACUGAAAAUGUUUGUCAGGACAGUGUAAAUUACAAAAUAUUGUUACUUGUCUUUUAUUCAAGAAAAUACCUGGGUAUACCACGUACACUACUUUAUGUAUGGACCCACAUUUUGUCUUCUUGAUCUCGACUGCUCAGUAUACAUGUUUUCCUUAUACUUAUUUCUUAUUGCAUUUGAUAAAUAUUGUAUUGAUGAGGAAGAUCAAAUGUUCAUUAUACUGUCUUGAACAAGUUUAGGUUACAGCUAAUUUCAUAAAACAAAAUUGCCACUUUUUAUUAUGUAAUAUGAAACUUUUAUAUGUGUCAUAAAAUACAACAGUGUACGAAACCAAUUUGCCAAAACACUUUUUAAUUUUAAUUUCUAAAUCUUGUAUUAUAUAAAGGUGUGUCUUUUGUGACACUAUAUUAUGUUGGCAAUGUGUGCUUAUUAGUUUCUAUUAAACGCACAUGUUAUUAUUUAUUUAAAUAAAGACUAAUAAUAAAUAAUGUAAACUA